ACCUGGUUCCACCAUCGUGGUGUCACAGCCUGUUGGAGGGUCUGCAGCCUAAAAACCAGAUCGGGAGGACUUCAGCCUCUCGUCCUCAAGUGACUUCACGGAAUCCCUCUCCUCCUCUUCAUCAUCAUCAUCAUCACCUCAUGCUCCAGCACUUGGCCCCUGGUCCUGACACUGUUGACGUUUCCAUGGAGACCCUGGCCCCCAUGUGGACCCGUGACCCCUGUAACCCAUGUGACCUCAGUGAGCCGCCGUCUGUGUGGGAGUCUCAGUGUGUUUUCAGCAGCUCUCCUCCUGCCGGUCUGACGUGGACCGAGCAGCUCUCGCCUCACCUCCAGAGAAACAAACAGCUUCAGGACACUUUGCUGCAGAGAGAAGAAGAGCUGGCCCGACUGCAGGACGAGAACAACAAACUAAGAGAGUUCCUCAGCUCUUCUUUUGUGAGGGACCUGGAACAAAAGGCAAAGAAACUAACCGCUGAUGGGAGGAGGAAACUGAAGAGAAACCUGAUGUAUGCUGAUGAUGGACCUUUCCAGAACAGCAACUAUCAGCUCCAAACAUCCCAACAGGUCAGCAAGAGAGUCUGCAGGAACCUCACUGCCGAGUUCUGCUCCGAGUCCUCGGAUACAACUUCCUCCUCAGAACCAAACCUGGACCUCUGGGUUCUACGAACACUGGGACUGAAGGACCGAGACACCAUCGAUACGUCCAAUGACUCCUCCGCCUCCCCGUCCGGAUACAGCCUCAGUGGUUUAGUUUAUGAUGCUGCAGUCACCUCUUCCUCGUCCUCCGAAUACACCCUCAACUCGUCUUUCAGCCCCUCAGUCGCCUCUUCUGCACCUUCUUCUGUCCACAGCUACUGCCAGAGAUCGACACAUCAAACUGAUUAUAGGUACAUUACUGCCGAAUGCCAAGAAGCACACUGCCGUAAUCCUGCUACGUCACCUCAGAACUGCACAACUUCUCCAGGUCAGUGCUCCGACUUCACUGCCACAGGACUGACCGGACACUAUGAAGCUCCUGAAGCCGUGAUCAGGAGCUACAACACGUUAACUGCCUUCCGGUCUCCACCACUAACCGAAGACCUAGCCUUCACCCAGUCACCAGACAGAGCCGUGAUGUGUCCCUUCACAGCCUCGAGUCGAGUCCAAACUCUAGAGGCAAACCCAGCAAAACAUCCAGCUUACUGGUCUCCACUGAGAGGCGGCCAGACACCAUCACAGGACAGAAUCCAGUUCGGUCCAUCAGUAGGAAGAGUCCCUUUCUCCCCCAUCACGUCUUUGAGUCCUGCCAUGAAGCAGUUCCGGACACCUGUCCGUGGCGGCAGCCCGACAAGUCUGCCAGCGGGAUCUCAGCUUCCCGCCACGCCUCAGACGCCUCGCAGACGGACAGAUUUGGCGUUCAGUAUGUCCCUGAGCCCAUCCAGCAGCGUCAAGACCCACAGCUUCCCCCAGGGACAAGCCUUCGUUAGAAAAGACACAGAGGGAAAGUGGAACUUCACCUGGGUGCCCAGACAAGGACCAUAGGACGCUUGAUGGACUUUCCUCAGAUUUUGUCCCAGGCAAAACUUUUUGGACUAUAAGUCCAUGUUGAACUUGAGCUGGCCCGUUAGACUGGACCUUCUGGGCCCUCAGUGUGAGGUUGAUUGUACAGGACAAUGCAAGUAGCAAAACAAAGACGAUACAGACAGAUAUUUCUGUCCCCUCAAAGACUUUGACAACUUGCCUUUUGUUUGUUAAAACCUUUUUGAUCCUGACAUCAAUAAGGAGAUGUUCAGAUUUUUAGAAUCCAAACCUAAACUGUGGUGCGAUGAGACUCAGCGGCAUGUUUUUUAUUAAAUAUUUAGAGCCAAACUGUGAUCUUUAUGAAAGAGUUUAGGUAUUUAGCUGAUAAGCGCUGAGUUACAAUGAGUGUAACGUUAACCAUUAACAGGACUGCCUAAAAUGUUGUCUAUAUACAAAAGUUUUUAUUAAGUUCAUCUGUGAAACUGCCACUAAAAAAAUAUCAGUAAUGACCCGUGUGCCACUUUGUAUUCCCUGUUAUGGACACAACGUAAAACCUAAAGAAUCCAAAAUGAUGCCUCAGAAGAAACAAAGCUGCACUGAUUUCAGAGAAUUAAUAUCAGAAUAAUGGAAGCUGGUACUAACAAGUAACUACAGAUAACAUGUUAACUUAGAUUAGAUACAACAAAUAAAUGUAACGUUAAAGCUGCCACAGACUGGUCGGAGGGUUGGGUGAUGUCCACAUUGUAACUGAGAAAAGACUUCACUAACCCUGGCUUCACUACAAAUGGGUUUCUAAACUAUUUUGCAACAAUUCCAACAUUAUACCUGAACAACAUUAAAGUUACACCAACAUAUGCCUCUUUCACGUGACCUUAAGCACAUGUGAAAUGUCCAAAACAUUACAGGUGCAUAUUUCAAUUCAUCACACGUGUCUAAAUGUGGAUUAAAUAGAUGUGAGAAGCUGCACACAUUACAUGUCAAACGAUGGUUUUCAUAUGUGAAACAUCUGAAAAUAUCACGUCUCUAUCAUGUAAAACGUCUCCAUGUGUGAUUAACAUGCACAAUGUGCUUCACAUUAUUUGUGAGAUUGUUGUUUUCACAACACUACACGAGAAAGCGUCUUUGACAUUUUACAUUUCGGGUUUUCUUUUUUCUUGAACUUGGUGCAAAAUUUUGCUGAGACUGUAACAGAUUUUUGCUGCAGCUCCACGAGCUGCAAAAGUCUAAUUCAGAGGGAAUGUGAAGCAGCUGAUUUUCAUGUUGACGGCGUUUGUGUGCUGUAAUAUUUUAUAUGGAUGUGAAAACCUGACUGUGGACUAACAGAAAAAGUGAUUCGCAGACA